AUGAAAAGGAAUGACAUCAUUGACUUCAAGGCUUUGGAGAAGGAGCUGCAGGCUGCACUCACUGCUGAUGAGAAGUACAAACGGGAAAAUGCUGCCAAGUUACGGGCAGUGGAACAGAGGGUGGCUUCCUAUGAGGAGUUCAGGGGUAUUGUCCUUGCAUCACAUCUGAAGCCGCUGGAGCAGAAGGACAAGAUAGGAGGAAAGAGGACUGUGCCCUGGAACUGUCACACUGUUCAGGGAAGGCCCUCCCAGGGUGAAACCACUGAAAUCUCCCCGGAGAAAACGCUCCUCCAGCCCGAGACCUCGGCUGACUUCUACCGUGAUUGGCGGCGAUACUUGCGGAGUGGGUCAGAGCGCUACGAGGCCCUGCUGCAGCUCGGGGGCCCAAAGCUGGGCCGCCUCUUCCAGAUGGAUGUGGGGUUUGGACUUCUAGGGGAGAUGCUGAUGGCGCUGGCUGAUCACGUGAGGCCAGCUGACCGGUGGGUGGUGCUGGGGAUCCUGCGCAGCCUGGCCAGCACCGGCCGCUUCACCCUGAACCUGAGCCUGAUGAGCCAUGCGGAGAGAGAGAGCUGCAGAUCCUUGUUUCAGAAGCUGCAGGCCAUGGGCACCCCCAGCCUGGAGGGGCGGGGUCUGGGGGAGCAGCCUGGUGGGCUUCAGGAGGAGGAGAGUCUUCUGCAAGAGCUGCUAAGGCUGUACCGUGUGGACUGAUGGGACC